CAAAUAUCGUGAUUUUGGCAGGUUGUAUUCGUGAAGACAACCCAAUUUGUUUGGACAUCGCGGCACGUGCGCCGCCGCGGUCGGAUCCUCCAUCACACCCUCAUCGCGUCUCGUCGUGCAGAAUCAAUCAAGAAUCUCAGACAUCGCGUAAAUAAGCGCGUUGCACAAGCUUGCCCGUGCUGAUCGGCACCACAGCAGCCUUCUCUAAAGCCUUGAUAUUCCAGGUACCAGUCAAGAUCCGUCAGUCAUGGAUGCACCCACCAGCGACUCACACCACUGUGACUGUAGAAGCGAUGCUCAGCCAGACAAAGCCCUGCCUUAUGCUCGUGCUCGCUCUCGCGCUCGACUGCCUUGGCAACUACACCUACGUGUGAGCGCGAUGGAUCGCUGCCCGCUCAGACGACCUGCAACAAAUGGACGGAAGAGAGGAUAUACGCGCAAUUCUAGGCUCUAUAUCGAGACGGAGAUCCAGCUUAUCAAGUGCCGCCCUUCGCAAGUCAGCCCCGACUUCUCUGUCAGCGCUCUGUCCUAGGCAGCUCGACAGCGCCCAUGUCGGUGGCGCCCGAUAACGACGUUCAAACCCGAGAAGGAGGAGUUACCUUCACUUUGUCAGCCCACACAGGCCUAUCGUGACUCUCGACGCAAAUCUGGAGGUAGUGGGCUUGGAAAUUUGUGAGGACCGGCAA